UACAGAUCUUCGCAGAAGCAUCACAGAUCGAAAUAAACCGUUUUAUUUCGAUCAUUUGCCGACGCAACAGCAACAGCUGACCAAGGACUUUAGUGCGAGGUGAUAACUGAUAACACAAACAACUAGAGACUCAUUCGCGGUGGUUUCCAAAUUAACACCAGUGAAAGUGUCUUGUUUGAUAUCAAUUAAGUGUAUUAGUGGAUUGACUUAUGUGCGAAGUGGCGAUAUUUCUCAGUGUUUUUACAAGGACUCUGUGAUCACCAUCAGGAAAUUUGAUACUCAAAGAUGAAUCAAACGUGUAAAGUGUGUGGAGAACCAGCAGCUGGUUUCCAUUUUGGUGCUUUUACCUGUGAAGGAUGCAAGUCAUUCUUCGGACGCUCCUACAACAACCUAAGCUCAAUAUCAGAAUGCAAGAACAACGGCGAAUGUGUCAUCAACAAGAAGAACCGCACAGCUUGCAAAGCAUGUCGGCUUCGGAAAUGUCUUUUAGUGGGUAUGUCCAAGAGCGGGUCCCGAUACGGUAGACGGUCCAAUUGGUUCAAGAUUCAUUGCUUACUGCAAGAACAACAACAGCAACAACAAGCCCAUUUAGCGAAUGUUUCACAGAACAUGAAACCACCACAGAAGACGCCACCAUUACAUCCGCAGCCGCCACUAGGUAUGGGCCUUCUUGGAAUGAAUUCCUUUCAACCGCCACUUUUACAUUUACCCAAAACAAAGGAAGAGUUAAUUUUAUUGGGCUUGGAUGAAUACAAACACUCAGCCUCUCCUCAAGUCAGUUCUCCCGAAUCACACAAUUCAGACUCAUCAAUAGAACUAAGCGAUGCUAGGAGGUUACCUUUGUUUCCUGGACUAUUACCUCCUACAUUCCUGCCACCUCCUGGUCUCCUUUUCCCUCCAGGAUACCCCCCUCUAUACCCUGGCUUACUGCAACCUGCCAAUAACAACAGACUUAUGAGAAACCACAAUCAUGGUGUCGAAGCAUUUAACAAGCGAGUGUUCCUGGAUGCAGUCCUUAAAUCUCAGCGGUCGCCAACUCCCGAAGAAAGAAUAACUCCCAUAUCCACUGAAACCAUAAUCCAAGAAGAUCCUAUCGAUCUCAGCAUGAAAACGAACAGCGAUAGGGGGUCUUCUCCAGCUCAUAGCGACCAAUCGGGCUCAGGAACGGAGCGAGGAAAUGGUAGCGAAGCCGAUGAAGAAAGUGAUUGCGAGUCAGAUAGAGAAAUCAAAAGGAUGAAACUCCACAGGCCCACGCCGCUAGAUCUCACGACGAAAGUAUGAUGGAACAUAUUUUUCAUAUUACUGAUAUUGCUUUCGGAGUACCUGAAUAAUCUAGAUAAAAGAUUUUCAGGUCACUGAUCAGUUUCUGGGCCAGUCUUGAAGCUAUCUGGAUUUCCGUUUCGAAACUGUCGAUCUAAUGCAGAUCGAAAAUGAAAGUGUUCAAUCUUUUACUCAAGAAGUCACUUGGCGGUUUUCUUAAUAAUAUUUAGAUUUAAAAUGGAAAAAGUAAAAAGAACCAGUAGAAUAUUAAGUGUUUACAUUUCAUUGCUAAACUGAUUUUGGUUAUUUGUGAUUGAUUUUAAAAAUAACAAAAAAAUUCAAAAUUAGAAAAAAUCCUUUGUAAAAGGUAUACAUCACAACAAAACGUUUUCAAUUUUUAUAAAAAUCAUCAUCAGUGUUAAAUAAAUUGGAUGCUAGCUGAGCCACCAAAGAAAAGUAUCCGGGUAAAAACCCUUUAAAUAUAACAUAGAUGCGUUAAAAGUGCAUACUUUAAUAAAAUGCCUUAUGAUGGUCACGUGGCAACUAGGAUAAUGCCCAAAGGUAAUGUAUUGAAAUUUCCCAACACGUGGGAUCCAAAUUGAGUUGUUUACAUUACAAUGACUUAAUGGCAACUGAAUCCCACGUGUUGAAAAAAAUUUCAAUACAUUACCUUAGGGCAUUAUCCUAGUUGCCAUGUGACCAUCAUAAGGCAUUUUAUUAAAGUAUCCACUUUUAACGCAGCUAUGUUAUAUUUAAAGGGUUUUUACUCGGAUAUUUUUCUUUGGUGGCUCAGCUAGCAUCCAGUUUAUCUAACACUGAUGAUGAUUUUUUAUAAAAAUCGAAAACGUUUUGUUGUGAUGUAGCCCUUUAAAGGGAUUUUAAUAAAAUUUUAUACCUUUUACAAAGGAUUUUUUCCAAUUUUGUGAUUGAUGGUAUACAGUAAACUACAGGAAAAACAUUUUCUUUUCCUUGUGGAUUUUUAAAAAAAAUUCAAAGAUAAAUUUAAGACUUAUGUAAAAGUGACAUUUUUAUUAAUUUUUCCAAGUUACAUAGUAAUACGUUUUCUCAUUGAUUUAAAUUAUGAUUCUUAUGCCAUACUCUGCAACUUUUCACAGUAAUAGUUAAAACAUUUUUCUUUGACGUGAAUUCUCUUUGGUGGUAUAGACAACCAUCUUUACACACUUAUCCUUGCUUUUCGUUGCACAAAAGUUUUCUUUUAUUAUCUCUUAUAAUCUUUGCCAUUUUUAUUCAGUGUUGUUUAAAGUUUACUAAACCCCAUUUUGUCAAAUUUUUCAAAAGGAACAAUUUUUUUGGUAAAGUAAAUAUCUCUAUUAAUUUAAAAGAUACAAUAAAAUUGUUAAUAACAAAUUAUAUGACGGGCUUUCAGCCUGGUACCCUCCAAAAAUUGAAUCGACGCACCAAAAAACAAAAAAAGUCAAGGUACCGAGGGGGACAUAAAAGUGUAUACUCAACCCCCUCACCAGAUCCUAGACUAUGCCUAUCGCCUCAACAUUUUCCAUACAUACAACACCCGUCGAUCUAUUUUGUUAGUUAGUUUUCAAAUUUGUUAUAUAUUUAUUAAGGAGUGAUAUUGAAAAAUGAUUCACCUCUGAAAUCGUAAAGUGUACUACACAUACCUUAUUAGGUCAGUAAGAAUUUCUUUGACAGGUCAUCUUUUCGAUUUUUACAUCGUCCAUUAGAGCAGUAUUGUUCUCUUGGUACCUGUCAAUCGGAAAUCACUGUUCCCACGGCGAUCUAGAUCUACGAGCUCGAAAACAAUGCUCGAGAAUUAACUCUCCUCAAGAACAAUCAAUAAAAAUCUAACGGAGUGAGCGUGGUUACACAUUUAAAGAAAACAUUGGUGUUAUGUAGUUCUGAAAUUGUUUCCAACAGCGCCGUGAUCAGCAUAUCUUAUCAGGAGCGGACUCGAAAUAUUAGCCAUCAUUUUUCGUGGAUUUGGCUUAUGAUCUUCAUUUUUUAAUCCGGUCCAAAUAAGAAAAAGUAUGAAAAAAUGAGAUUAAUGAGAUAAAAAUUCUUAUUGCUAUAUUAUCAAAGGGCAGUUGUAUGAAGCAGCUGUCGAUUUCAUUUUGUCAUAGGUCGCAAAAAUCAUCUACAGUUGGCAGAUGCUUUUGAUAAAAUCAUUCUUCUUUUGCAUUUGUAGAUUUUUAUGUUUAAUAUUGUCGUGAAUUUUGUACUUUAGAACAUAUGAUUUAAAUUGCAAUAAUCCGGUUUUGGAUUAUUUAUUCCCAUUAGCUUCUUUCACUCUAACUCCUGUUUAAAGCCAGUAUAAUGUUUCAAUGAUAUUUAAGUUAUCUUAUCAUGAUGUACUGUAUCGAAUACCUUGUCAUAAUCAAUAAAUACAGUAAAGACAUCUUUACGUUGAUUUCGACAUCUCUGUGGCAAAACAUUCAGUGCAAAAAGUACUUAUCUAGUUCCUAAUCCAUCUCUAAAUCUAAACUGCGUUUUAUUUUGAUAUUUUUUAGACUUAUUCCUUAUUGUACUGUUGAUAAUACGUAGAAAUAAUCUCAAAGUAUGACUGAUAAAACUCAUAAGUCUAUAGUUGCUACAGUUGUUCGGACGUUGUUUUUUUUUGUUCGGUAAAUUAUGAAUUCAGACCUAAAGUAGACCUCUGGGAUUUCAUUAGUUUGUACCAGUACACAUGAUCGAAAAGCUUAACCAAUAUUGUAUCACUUGUACCAAUAUCUUUCAGAAUGUUAUCAGGGCUAACAAUUUUCUUGUUCAUUGCCAAUUUUGUAGCAUGCAGUACUUCUACCUUUAGUAUUUCUGGUCCUUCGUCUUUGCCUAAUGUCUAAUUUUUCUUCUGAUCUGACAUCAUUAAAUAGUUUAUUGAUGUACGUUUACAAAGUUGUCUGAAUUUCUUUUUUUCUCAAUUUUUUGAGGAGGUUUCUUAUGAUAGAGGUCAGCUAUCUCUCUAUUUUUUUGAACAUAGUGAAUUCUAAUUCUUUCAUUUAAUGCAUUUAUCCUCCAUCCACUUUUCUUUCAUGUUCUUUAUCGUUUGUUUUAUUGCCUAUGUUUUUUUAUAUUCCUCCCUGUUGUUUUUUUGUCUUCUCUGUUCCAUCAAUUUAAGAAUUUCGUUGGUAAUCCAUUUUUCUUUUUAUGUACGCCUUUAUUCCUUUAUACUACUUUAUUGGGCUCAACCCUCUGCAAUAUGCUCAAACUGAUUUUCGUGUUUAUUGAUAUAUCAUUAAUUUAUUAUGAAUGGGCAAUUAAGGAUUUCCCUACCAAUCCAUUGGUAGACGUUUUUGCAUCGAAUAACAAGUUUUUCUCCUUUUCUGUUUGAUGUGUACCUUCUCUUCAACUUAUUAGUCGCUUCCUAUUUUGUCACGUACUCUAGAAUAACUGUCAUCUACGAAGGUAGCAACAUUGUUUUUAACUCUGUAAUGUCACACAUGUGUAGUAGGUAUAUACAGGGUAGAUCUACUAUGCCACAAGAGUUCUGGCUCUGAUCUGGGUAGGUACAGUUUUUCUUCCUUUAGUUUUACUCCUAAAGAUAUCAAAGUUAACCUUUAGAGUAAUUUUAUAGAUAUUUUUACAAUAAACCAUAUGGAGAUUUGAAAUAGAUAUUUUCACUUCAAUAAGUUAUCUUCUUCUGUUUUUUCUCUUCAUAACUUAUCAAUUUAUAAGACAAAAUUUAAUUAAAAUUUUCGCGAUGUAUAGGUACGUUAUGAAUUUUUGGCGUCCAUACAUCUGUUACUUAAUCCUGCACUGAACAUCAGCAUAUCUGAUGUUAUAUGCAAACUCAUUUCUCUACGUGAGCUGCUCAAAGCCGCCUUUGUGGUUCGACUUUUCAGUUUCGGUAUGUAAUGGUAUAUAUUUCGAGUGGAAAAUCAGUCACGAAUGUUUGGUAAGCAAAGAGGCAAAGUCAGAGGACUGUGAGAGGCAUGUCGCCUACGCCUCAACGGAUUUUUCGGAGGAUUCUACUCAUUUGUGCCAAAACAAUUAUCAUAUUCUGAUACACAGUUUGUAAACCAGGGUGGAUCUGUGAGAAAACGUAUAUUUUUGGAGAAAAAACUCAUGAAGUAAAAACCAAUUCUGUGUAAUUGGUAUAUUUAUUAAAAUUUAAAAAUCCCAAUGGAUUGAAUAAAAUGUGUCCAAUUCAGAACGUUUUCGGACCUAUCAGUCCAUCAUCAGUGAAUCUACAAUAAAAUAAGUAAUCCCACUAUUAAAAUUGAAAGAUAGUAAUCAUAACCACCUUUUUUAACUUUCAAAAUUUCAACAAUCUUUCAAUUUUAAUAGUGGGAUUACUUAUUUUAUUGUAGAUUCACUGAUGAUGGACUGAUAGGUCCGAAAACGUUCUGAAUUUGACACAUUUUAUUCAAUCCAUUGGGAUUUUUAAAUUUUAAUAAAUAUACCGAUUACAUAGAAGUGGUUUUCACUUCAUGUUAAAAUUUUUUUUAAGUAUAUGGUAUACAGCCAACCUAGGGAACUUCCCUUUUUAGUAUAUUUUUGUGCGAGGUGGCACUUGGAUUUUUGCAGAUAAAGUUAGGUGAUGACUUCAACAAUAAUAAUUGACUUAUGCUCCUUCUCAAAUAUGCCCGGAACAUUAAUAAAAAAAUUAAAUUAUUUAAAAAUUUCGAAAAACAUCGAUUUUUCUAUUUUCUUUUCUUAUAACUUUAAAACGAUUCAUUUGAAUUGGAUUUUGCAUAAUAAACGACUGGUUUAAAAUGUCUUAAAUUAUUACCCUUUCUGCAAAAUAGCAAUAAAUACAAAAUAAGGGGGUAAAAUAAGCCUGUUUUUAUUCAAUGUUAUUCAACCACUUUGGUUGCACUUAGGACUUUCGCAAUUCGCUUAGAAAAUUCCUACAACAUACUUAAAUCGUUCACCAAAUUUCAUUAAAAUCGACCUGAUAGAUUUUGCAGAAUAAUUUUGCAAUCUAAAUUUUUUUAAAAAGUUCAAAUUCUUUAAAAACUUUUUGAAGAAAAACUAGAUCAUUUGGAAGUUUACUAAUUUUUUUACAUAUAAUGAGGUUCUCUACCUAUCUAAUACACUUUACAGAAUUAAAAUCGGAUUAUUUAAGCGGCCUCAGCACUGCUUUAAAGUUAUAAACAGUUUUUUGGCUUAUAAACAUAUACAGUGAGGACGUUUGAGUUAUAAUUUAUUAUAAUUUAUUAGCACAAAUUCAUUUUCUCGAGAAUAGGCGUCUCUGGAGAUAAAUCCCGAAACAGGUCAAUUUUUAUUUUUAAAUUCUAAUUUUUUGGUAUAUAUAUAUCAUAUUAGUGACGUCAUCCAUCUGGGCGUGAUGACGUAAUCGAUGACUUUUUAAAUGAGAAUAGGUGCCGUCUGAUAGCUCAAUCAAAAGGCUAUUCAAUUUUGUAUUCAUUAAUAUAAACAUUAACAUAAUUUUUUAUACAGGGUUUGAAUUAAAAAAAAAUCUUGAAUUAAAUUAAUUCCAAUAUUUAGAUUACGUCAUCACAUCCAGAUGGAUGACGUCACUAGUAUGAUAUUUAUGUCAAAAAAUUAUAAUUUAAAAAUAAAAAUCGAUCUGUUUAAGGAUUUAUCUCCAGAGUCACCCAUUCUCACGAAAAUGAAUUUAUUCCAACUGAAACGUCCUCACUGUAUUUGUAGCCAAAACAUUGUUUAUAACUUUAAAACAGUGCUGAGGUUGCUUAAAUAAUCCGAUUUUAAUUCUGUAAAGUGCAUUAGAUAUGUAGAGAACCUCUUUAUAUGUAAAAAAUUGGCAAACUUCUAAAUAAUCUACUUUUUGUUCAGAAAGAUUUUAAAAAAUUUGAACAGUUUUAAAAAAAUUUAGAUUGCAAAAUUAUUAUGCAAAAUCUAUUAGGUCGAUUUUAAUGAAAUGUCGUGGACGGUUUACGUAUGUUGUAAGAAUUUUCUAAGCGAAUUAUGAAGGUUCUAAGUGCAACCAAAGUGGUUGAAAAACAUUGUAUAAAAACAGUCUUUUUGUCCCCUUAUUUUCUAUUUAUUGCUAUUUUGCAGAAAGGGUAAUAAUUUAAGACAUUUUAAACCAGUCGUUUAUUAUACAAAAUUCAAUUAUCUUUAUUUUCUUUCCCUAUGACUUUAUUCCAAAAUGAAUCGUUUAAAAAUUAUAAGCAAUGAAAAUAGAAAAAAAUCGAUGAUUUUCGAAAUUUUUAAAUAUUUAAAUUUUUUUAUUAAUGUUCCGGGCAUAAUUGAGAAGGAGCAUAAGUCAAUUAUAAUUAUUGAAGUUGUCACCUAACUUUAUCUGCAAAAAUCCGAAUGCCACCUCUAACAUCCACCUCAAAACAGAUCCGCCCUGGUCUAUUAAAAAUUUUGGGUUAAAACCGAUUUAUUUUUUUAAUAGGCAUACCAGGUGAACCAUUUGCCUUUUUGACUGAUAAUAUAAACGAGUAAUUUCAAAACAGUCUUUUUCUUGAUCAAUAUUUACAUUUUUGCAUGGAUUUGUAUGCAAUGACUUUCAAUGGCAGAUGUCAAAGCAUUUAUUUUAUUUUGUAUCAACAGCUUUCUCUGUCGACGAUCAUCAUCCAUGCAAUUAAUCAAUAACGAUCUAAAAAAUCCUUUAACUGUUUAAAUAGUCGAUUUUUAGAAAGGAUGAUCUGAUGGUCGAAUAACAAAUGAAGAAAUCCUGAGAAGAAUUGGUACAGAACGACAACUGCUAUACACAAUUAAACAGAGAAAAACGGCAUACCUGGGACACCUAAUUAUAAACGAAAAAUACCAGUUUCUGCAAACCUUAAUUGAAGGAAAGAUCGAAGGAAGAAAAGGAGUGGGAGUGGGAAGAAAGAAACAUAGGAGACCUAAUACAUGGUCAAACGUGAUCGCGAACAUCCAUUAGUGGAUUGCAUAAGAAGAAGAGAAGAAGAAAAUCUGAUGGUAUCUGUUUUAUUUCAUUAUUUCACUGAAGAUGUGGGAUAAAGCAAUGCUUUGUAUAUUUGGGCUACAACCUAAUUUAUUGCAAUAAUGCAGACGAAUAUUUCGAAGUGACUUACUUUCCGUGUCCUCCGUGUUCCAGUGAAAUUGUGAGCUUCCAGUGCUUUAUCACAUUCAGGGCUCUUUCGCUGGCUUGCUUUAGGCCUUCUUGGGUACAGGAUUGUUUUAGCCGUUCACACACUAGCAGAUAAUCAUUGAUUUGUACAGCGCCACAAUCACAAAGAUCAUCAUCUAUUUUUCUAGUUGUAUUUGCAACGCGUCAGUUCAUUUUACAGCCGGUUUAGACUACGUUGGAGGUUGAUAGGAUUGAUCUGGCAGGUGUCAGCUCCAAAGUUUUCUAUUUCAUUCGCUUGACGAGGUAUCUAGCUGUUUGUUGUGACUAAGGAAACUGCGGCGUGAUUUCAGCCGCUAGGUUUGUUCAACGGGCUCAUGCAGAAGGUGACUGUAGUAUAUGAUGUUUGUCUUUCUGAGCCUCUGCUACUACAGCUCUUAUCAUCUUAAGUGGAGCUUUUCCUCCAAUGGAGUAGAUUUUUAGCAGCUGUGGUAGGUUUAAGUCACCAUGUAACGAUUGGAGUCAUCUCAUUUAGAGCGGCGUCCACCUGCGAGGUGUGCGUUGAGAGUUUUCAAGCUGGAGCCGUAUACUCGAUUGCUAAAAACUUUGUACAAUCGCUGAGGUACAAGGACGUGUGUAUGAGCACUGAGGAAAUUAAGUUGUAUCUGUCAGUUUCUUCAGAAUAUUUCUGUCUUGAUCUGACUUUCAUCUUUUUGUUCUGACAGUGGUAUUUAUAGGCAAAUGAUCUGUCAAGACCAACACCUAGGAUUGUGGGGCUUGAUGGUGCUCAAAUUCCUUACCCGACCACACAACAUUUUGCGUGUGCUUUCUUUAUUAAUUAAACGGAAAGCACAUGUGUGUUUUGACGGGUUUGGCUUCAGUUGUUGACUGUGUCUUCUCCCUAUAUAAAUGAUUCUGUAUAAUGAUGUUGUUGUCUUGUAAAAUAUGUAGAUGGUUGUUAUACCAUAUAUUGUGUUGGCUACUGAAAACUUAGUAUAAGCGCUGAGGUACAAAAACGUGUAUUCGUGUAUAUAAGCACCUCAAGUUGUAUGUGCCAGUCUCCUCAGAAUAUUUCUUUCUUAAUCUGACUUUCAUCUUUUUGUUUUGACAGUGGUAUUUAUAUGUAAAGAAUCUAUUGAGGGCAACAUCUACGUAUUUUUUGGUGUUUGGUUGUGUCCUGAACUGACCACACAACAUUUUGUUAGGUUCUUUAUUAAUUAAACGGAAAGCACAUAUGUGUGUGUGUGUGUGUGUGUGUGUGUGUUUUGUGGGUUUGGCUUCACUUGUUUACCCAUUACCUCCACAAAUCAUCUUCCUUGUACUGCAAUGGCUGUCUCUUCUCUCAGUAUGAAUGAUUUUGUAUCAUGAUGUGUUGACUUGUUGUUUGUGUAGAUGUUGAAUAGCCGAAGAACUAGUAAACUACCCAGGACCAAUGCAUUCUUCUGGGAUUCUCCAGUGGGUGUUUUGACUUUGGAAUGUUAAAUAAAUCUGGCGGUUCUGCAGUAUACAUCUUGUAAAGUAAGUUAACUUAAUGUCUCUUGACACUUUGGAAUCCAGUGUUUUACGGUUUUGGUGUUAUAAGCUUCGGAGAGAUCCACGAACGUUACGUCUGGUCAGAGGUGUAACCAGGAUGAUCCUAAGGGGGAGGGUUAAAUCUACUUGAUGGUCCCUGGGGAGUAUGGAAUAAUACUGGUGUUAAGCAUAUAGAGCUCAAAGUACAUGCAAAAGGGGGGGAGGGGUUAUAACCCCCAAAACAACCCCCUGGUUACGCCUAUGCAUCUGGUAUCUGCUUUCUUUCAAAGCCAUAUUCAAUAUGUUGGGUCCUAUAGAAACCAGUUUGUUCAAAGAGCUUAGGUCGAAUAACUUUUGUGGGAUUUGGUGUAGGACUUGGUUCUCAAAUGACAACUAUUCAGACAACUAAUUUGGUAGAUCUUAUAUACUUUCGUGGAUAAGCGAACAGGAUCUGUGUACACUGGCACAGAAUAGGGAUUUAUCGCACGAAAAUUUUUUUAAUUAGUUACUGUAAAUAACAAAAUUUGAUCGAAAUGUUUUCGAGUGAAAACUUGAGAUGGCAUCUGAUAAUAGUCACUGUUUCCAAUGCCCAAAAUAUAAGUAGUGCCAUUCGAAUUCGAUAUGAUAUUAUUGAAGAGCAUAUUCUUGUGUUACAUAGUUCAUAAAUAAAAACAAAACAGUAAAAACAAAUUUUUUAACCUAGCGUUCAUAUUAUUUCGCACGUGUCAUACUAAAACUCUUUCAUAUAUCUCCUCCUGUAACUUGCGAGACCACCUAGUUGCAUGAUCCGACGUCCAGUAUUAAAAAAAAGCCACAAACUUAUUUAUUGCUACCAUAAUUCCUUGAGAUUAAUAGCCAAAACUAUGAUUAAUAUUGUAUUGGGAAUCAAAAGAAAUUAGAAAUUGAGCGACCACUCGAUUGGCACGUACAGACUACUAAAGUACAGGUGCGGUACCUGACAGGGGUACAGUGGGUCAAAAAUAAAAAAAGUAUGUAACGUUGAGGACAACCAAUACCGUAGGUGUGAAAUGCCAAAAUUGUUUAAAUUUAUGGAAAAAAUUGAUGGACAAAAAGUAAACAAAGAAUGAUAAAAUGUACGAUAAUUCCCAUAUUUAAAACAUUUGGAAAGAAAAUAUUAAACGUAAAUGACAUUAAACGGACCAUUAUAAAAUAAUACUUUUGUAACACAACCAGAAUCCUAUAUAUACUUACAAAUAUAUUAUUGCACAAUAAUUCUUAUUUUUGGAAAAUUAUUUUUGUUUAAUCGUCUUUUACAAGUUUUUUUAUUAACAUUGGUUUGCAUCACUGUUUCUAACAAUUCUAUAACCGUGCGUUCUUUGAGUUUUGUUUUCAGAUACUCCCGAAUCUUUAAAAAAAUGAUAUUCGUGCUAAAUUUUUUGGAUUUCCCUUUUGGAAGCACGCCACUGUUUUAAGUGGUAGGUGAAAUGACCCGAGAGGAGCUACUGAACUACCGAAAUAAUUUUGGAUUUCUUAAACCAAUUACGUAAAACUCAAAUUACCGAAAUCAACAAAAUUCAAUUUAUCGAGAUGCCGUAAGUGUAGCCUCUUCUCAUUUGCGGAUUGUGAGGUAGCUUUGAUAUAUUUAAGGAAUAAUUGGAUGAAAGCUCAAAGCUAUUUAAAAUUAUACGGUGGGUUUUGGUUAUAAUGGUAUUUGGAUUUGUUUCGUUACUAUUCUAACGUUAAGUUAAAUUAUUGGUAGUCGUAAUGAUUUGAAAUCUAAAAUAUGUAGCAAUAUAUUAUCUAAACUUUGGAGCAAUUUUAAAUUUGAAAUGAGUUUGUGAACUUUGGUUUCCACCUCCUAGAAUUCUUCUAUUAUGGUAUCGAAAAAUAGUGUUCCAAAUAAUGUAUUAUACUUUAUACAAAGUAAACUGAAAUAUCAAAAUUGUGGGAUUAUAAAAAUAGGUUGCAAAAAUUUAAAAACACAAUAUGCUUUUUAAUAAUAUCAGAUCACAUACGAAAGACACUACUUAUAUUUUUAACAUUUUAAGCAUUGAUUAUUAGGUAUCCAUAUAUUAUGGCUAAUUUAGGAUUUAGGAUAACUAUGGAUUAGUAUUCCUAAAUAUUUUGCUUGUUUUGAUCAUUCUAUGUAUAUUGAACACAGUGGCGGCUCGUAGUAAUUUAAGGAGGAUGUUCAAUUAUAGAAUGUAAUUAUACAAACGGUGAAUAAGCGCUGAAGGCGAAAAAUUUUUGGGGCCUCGCCAAAAGAUGUUCUGUAAAUUGAAACCUAUCUUUGACCCGAUUAGUCAGGAUGUCACACACUCUUUUUGUUUUGUGCAGAAUAUGAUACCUACUGAAUGAUGACGCUUCUUCGGUGGUGAAGGUGGAGGCAGAAGUUACGAAUAUUGAAAUGGCUUUGUCAAAACUGUUUAAAAAUCCGUUUAUUUUAACGGCAUCCAAAGACCGAGAUUGAAAUUAUAGUUUUAUUCUUUGAAAAUGCUAAACAUGGAAAACAAAAUAAAGAAUGUAGUUUAUCACACCCACAUAAUCACGAAGUUUUUCUAUAUUGUUCAACUUUAAAACGAUGUUUAAACUUUUUGUUUCUUAUUGCACAUUCUUGUAUCAAGUUUAUCUCCGGCCAAGUUAAUUCAUUCUUUUUAUAAGAAGUCGAUUUUCAAAACUAUUUGCAUUUUCUUUUAUAAACUUCACUGAAUAAGGCUCCAUCCUAAAAAAACUACCUACCAAUAUUGUAUUUAAUAAAAUCCCACAACAGAAAAUGCCAAACUGUGAAUCGAAACGCUCCGCCCCGGUCUCUGUGUGCAGUGCACAAAUCGUCAAUGUUUUAAGAUAGGAGAAUCACUGGUUCACGGAUUUAAGAGCUCUCGUUCUUCUAUAGGGUUACUGUAUAGUGGCUGGGUUUAAUUUGAAUUCUGCACUUACCACGUGCAUCUAGCAUAGCGGUGUUGUGCAAAUAAAUUAUGAGAUUAAUAAAUACAGUUAUAUUUUAAUGAUACUAUGAUAUUUAUGAGAUUUAAGAAAAAAUAUUUUAAUGAUAUUUAGGAGAUUUUUAAAAAUAUGUGUUUUAAUAAAAUUUGAUUGGGUGUUCACUACACAAGUGAACCAAUGGAGAAACCGCCCCUGAUUGAACAUCUUCACUUGGCGGUCCGAACUUCCGAAUCUUUUUUGGAACAUGACAGCCUGUGAUUUUUCUUGAUUUAUGCGAUCUUCCAUUAAAUGCACCAAUCUUCCAAUUGAUUAAGAGCAUCUUGUAGGCAUCUUCUCGUUAAGGUUGGAUUUAGAUUUCUUGCUGCUAUUGCUGUAUCAUCGGCAUAUAGACAUAGUUUGCGGUGUGGUUGGUGAUUCCGCGUUGUAUAGGUAUGGUAUACAGAAAGGGGGACAGUGCUCCUCCUUGUCGUGUCCUAUCUGAACCUGAACUUUAUAUGGGCUAAAUAGGACGAAAGUAUGCAUAUGAUUGCUUUUCUUAACGAGAUUAUCGAGAUUAACAAGAAAGUUCAAAUAUAUAUGAAAGAAUAAUAACAAUAAGUUGAGAAAAAGGAGUUUAUGAUAUAAAUCCACCUAAUAAUCUUUAAAAUAACCAAAAUCAGUUUUAAAACAUUCCAUUUUAAAGACUUCCAUCGGAUUCGUAAUAAUUUUAACAGUCUUUUUGUUUAAAAUUUUGUUACCAGUUGAAAAACUUCGACCUUAAAACAAUAAACGAAGAGCUAAACACGUUCUUCCUAAUUAUUAAAGAUUAUUUUCUACUUUUUAGAAAGAUUUUUAAUAGCAUGUGAUUUUGUGCCUUUUAAAAGAUAUUGGCUAAAUAUAUUGAUUAAUAUCGUGUGUAUUAUUUUUCGUAGUAAAAUGCUGGACUUCUAUCCUAUAAAAACAGUGUUUUAUAGGCUCAAAUAUAUGAAACAUUGGUAAAAUCAAAAACAAUUUUAAAUUUUGUUACCAGCUAAAAAACUUCAACCUUGAACAAUAAACGAAGAACUUCACAUGCCUUUCCUAAUUAUUAAAGAUUGUUUUUACUUAGAUUUUUAAUACCAUGUGAUUGUGUGCCUUCCAAAAUAACUUGCGUAGUUACAUCAACCGAACCAUAAUAUCAAGGAUGGAAUAUCAUGCUGAUUAAGAACAUAAUACAGGCCGACAAGCUUGAGACUCAGACAAUAGAGUAUAAAGUGUACUUUUCCGAAGAUUUUUAGUGCGCUGAAUGCAAAUCUGAGCUCAAAUUGUCGAAUUGGCUCUGCUUUCUGAGAUAUACUAACCUAAAAGUGUGAAAAAAGCUGGUUUUGAAGACACCUUAAUCCUAGAAAACACCUAAAAUUCAACCCUUACCAAAUCACAAGCAGCCAAAAACGGCUUUUUGCACCUUUAGUUUAGGAUAUCUCGGAAACCAGAGCAAAUUUUACAAUUUGGAGCUCAAAUUCGGAUUCAGAGUACAAAAAACCUUCUAAAAAGUAUAUUCUGAUCUUUGGGUUCAAAUAUUGGUCUUUUGUCGGCCUUUUCUAUUUCUAGUAGUACAAGGUGUAGUAGUGUUUUCAUGGCUCAAAUGAAAAAUUUGUCAAAACGAAAAACAAUUUAAUGUUCCUAAGCAAAAACCUUUUUGGCACAAUAAACCCUGGAAAUGAUCAAGAAUUAAAAUAUUUUCAACUGUAAAGUUGAUUUGUUUAUAGCAAAUUGUUAUUGUACAUAGUUGAUAUUUGUAUAUAGUAUUUAAUUUUUGUAAACUUUUCUAGUGAUAUGUAAACAGCUGCUCUAUCAUUUAAGUAUUCUGAAAUGGAAAAUAUGCCAAAUUUAAUGACUUUGCGCCUUUAAAAUCCUCAAAAUCAUCACAAUAGGGCUUUUCAUCGACUCUCGUUUGUUUCGAGCUUCUGUCAUAUAUUUUAUAAUCCGCGUAUAUUAAAAUUAUACCCGAUUAUACAACAUAUGACAGAAGCUCGAAACAAAUGACAAUCGAUGAAAAGCCCUAUUGAUUUAUUAAUAAUAAAAAUAUGUAACUAAAACCCGAUACGUUAUUACAUUUGAGUAAAGUUUUCCUAAAAAUUUUCCAUUCCUCGUAAAAUGUAUGAAUGUGGGUCUGACAGCACAGGUGACCAAUGAAUAAUGAAGGUCAUAUUUUGGCACAUUUUUUAAUUCAGCUUAGUUUAUAAGAAGAAUAUAGUCGGCCAGUAUAUAAUAUUGUAUUCUACUUAAAGAAAACGAAGAAUUUAGUUUUAUUUACCACUAUGAGCAGUGCAAUGUUGAUGAUUUUAUUUAUAUUUUGAUGCAGAGAAAAUUUUUUGUUUGGGUUUACCUUGCCUUUAAAUAUAACAUCUCUAAAGUUGACUCUAAUAAUCUUGGCAUAUCUAGGGUUGAAUCCACAACCCUCAAAAUAAACUAAAAACUAGUAUUGCAACAGCAUUGAGUAUUUUCAAAUAUACUUCUAACCUCAGAUUACAUUAAUCUGAAUAAAAUAAGUACGUGAAAGAAAAUCAAUGCUGAUCUAGAAAAAUUAAAUACAUAAUUACGUAUUUAUCAAAUCUAUCUAGCAUUAUUGACUCAGUCACACGUAAUACACGUAAAAAUUUAGUCAGUAUUUUUAAUACGAUAAUACGAAAUAUUCGAAAAACUAAAAAUUUUCUCUGUCGCCACUUUUUAUGGGGUAAAACUAUAUAACUCCAAAAUACCUCCGUUUUUGUCAAUAUUUUGUUAAAUAUCAUGUACAUGUUACAUUUUCAAUAUAAUACUUUAGCUGAAGUACAAAAAAAUGUUUGUAGCAAACAUACACUUAAAACUUUUGUACAUAUUUAUUUUGCCUGAUGUCGUUUGACUAGUCACUACCAAUGUUUUUCAAAAUGAUUACAUUCUUCAUUAAAGUAUUAUAUUUUAUCACUUUAGAAAAGAAAUUGUUAUAUUUUUAUGCCAAAAAUUGUUCAAACUCAGACAACUAACAGUUGGGCAUUGUGUACAUAUUUGUUACAUAGUUUUUUUUUCAAUAAUAUUUUUGUCUGUUAUUAGGGGACUCAGGCCAGUUGUGAUUGAGAAGGUAUGAACGUGUAUGUUUUUAAAAACCCCCAAAUAAAAAGUGAAUUAUUUAAUA